GGGGUGCUGUGGGGUCGUGACUGGCAGCUGGUAGAGAAAAGAUGGCGGGGAGGCGAGCUGCUGUUGUGUUGGAUCGGGGACAUUGCGACGAAAGUAGCGGCUGUAGAGAGUUAUUUGAAGCCUGUAGGAACGGCGACGUGGCCAGAGUGAAGAAGCUCAUCACCCCGCAGAACGUGAACGCGCGGGACACGGCAGGGAGGAAGUCUACGCCGCUCCAUUUCGCCGCAGGUUUUGGUAGGAAAGACGUUGUGGAACACCUGCUUCAGAACGGCGCCAACGUCCACGCUCGCGACGACGGCGGGCUCAUCCCGCUCCACAACGCCUGCUCCUUCGGACAUGCGGAGGUCGUGACCUUGCUGUUGAGGAACGGCGCCGAUCCCAACGCCCGCGACAACUGGAACUACACCCCGCUUCACGAGGCCGCCAUCAAGGGCAAGAUAGAUGUUUGCAUUGUCCUGCUUCAAAACGGUGCCGAUCCCUCCAUCCGUAACACUGACGGGAAAACGGCGCUGGACUUGGCGGAACCUUCGGCCAAGACUGUUCUGACAGGUGAUUACAAGAAGGACGAACUGCUGGAAGCAGCAAGGAGUGGAAAUGAAGACAAGUUGAUGGCUCUACUGACACCUUUGAAUGUCAACUGUCAUGCUAGUGAUGGGAGAAAGUCCACCCCUCUCCACCUGGCUGCGGGGUACAACCGUGUGCGGAUCGUCCAGCUGAUACUACAGCACGGCGCGGACGUGCACGCCAAGGACAAGGGCGGGCUGGUGCCGCUGCACAACGCCUGCUCCUACGGACACUUCGAGGUGACGGAGCUGCUGCUCAAACACGGUGCCAGCGUCAACGCCAUGGACCUGUGGCAGUUCACUCCGCUACACGAAGCAGCAUCCAAGUCUAGGAUCGAGGUGUGUUCUCUCCUGUUGGCCCAUGGUGCGGACCCGACGCUGCUCAACUGUCAUUCCAAGAGUGCCAUCGACGUGGCUUCAACACCAGAACUACAGGAGAAGCUAUCCUAUGAGUUCAAAGGCCACUGCCUUCUUGAUGGAGCCCGUCAGACGGACAUGGCCAAGGUGAAGAAACAUCUUCAACUGGACAUCGUCAACUUCAAGCACCCAUAUACCCAUGACACUGCUUUGCACUCGGCAGCCCUGUCCCCCUACCCGAAGAGGCGACAAAUCACAGAGCUCCUGAUCAGGAAAGGCGCCAACCUGAACGACAAGAACAAAGAGUUCCUGACCCCCCUCCAUGUGGCCACAGACAAGUGUUACAUAGACGUGAUGGAGGUCCUGUUGAAACAUGGUGCAAAAGUGAAUGCCCUGGACAGUUUGGGCCAGACUGCCCUCCACAGGGGUGCCCACUCCGGACAUGUCCAGGCCUGCAGGCUGCUGCUCAGCUUCGGAGUGGACCCCAGCAUCGUGUCCCUGCAGGGGGUCACCGCAGCGCAGAUGGCCACAGAAGCCGUGCAGCAGAUGUUACAUGAGGACCCUCCCAGUGGCCCAGCAGAUGAGUGUGACCAGCUACUGGAGGCUGCCAAGGCUGGAGACUUGGAAGCUGUAAAGGUCCUGUGUAACCCCCACACCGUCAACUGUCGGGACGUGAACGGCAGACACUCCACGCCGCUGCACUUUGCCGCAGGCUACAACCGUGUGGCCGUGGUGGAGUACCUCCUCCAACAUGGCGCCGACGUGCACGCCAAGGACAAAGGUGGACUAGUGCCUCUCCAUAAUGCCUGUUCCUAUGGCCAUUAUGAAGUCUGUGAGCUGCUCCUCAAGCACGGUGCCGUGGUGAACGUGGCAGACCUGUGGAAGUUUACACCUCUCCACGAAGCAGCAGCCAAGGGCAAGUACGAGAUCUGCAAACUGCUCCUGAAGCAUGGUGCUGACCCCAACAAGAAGAACCGAGAUGGAAACACCCCACUGGACCUGGUACGGGACGGGGACACGGAUAUACAGGACCUACUCAGAGGUGAUGCCGCCCUUCUGGACGCAGCCAAGAAGGGCAACCUGGCCCGGGUCCAGAAACUGGCCACACCAGAGAACAUCAACUGUCGGGACACUCAGGGGCGGAACUCCACACCACUUCACUUAGCUGCUGGUUACAACAAUGUGGAGGUUGCUGAGUUCCUCCUGGAGAAUGGAGCGGAUGUCAACGCACAAGACAAGGGUGGACUCAUCCCGCUACACAACGCUUCAUCGUACGGGCACGUUGAGAUUGCCCAGCUACUUAUCAAGUACGGGACCUGUGUGAACGCCACGGACCGCUGGAACUUCACCCCGCUCCACGAGGCCGCACAGAAGGGCAGAACUCAACUCUGUGCACUGCUGCUGGCCCAUGGUGCAGACCCUACCAUGAAGAACCAAGAGGGGCAAACACCACUCGACCUGGCCACAGCUGAAGACGUGCGUGCCCUCCUGGUGGACGCCAUGCCGCCACAGUCCCUCCCAGCAGCCACCACCGCCACCCCCUCCACCAACAAGGCCGCCAGUCCGCUGAGCUCGGCCAGCACCACCCCCUCCUCCACCCCGGGGGUGCUCUCUACAGCCUCCAGCAUGGACCACCUGGCAGGGGCGGUCGGCGGGGGGCAGGGCGACGGGGCCAUCGAUCGCUCAGCAGUCGAGGGGGAGAUGAAGAAAAAAGUGAAAGACUAG